GGCACUGACUGGCAUCACUGCUGGGCACUGACUGGCGGCACUGACUGGCACAACCCCUGGGCACUGACUGGCGGCACUGACUGGCAGCACUGGGGUGGGGUGGCACUGGUGGGUGGGCACAGGUGGGUGGGCACAGGUGGGUGGCACUGCUGGGCACAGGUGGGUGGCACUUCUGGGAACAGGUGGGUGGCACUGCAGAGUGGCACAGGUGGGUGCACUGCUGGGCACAGGUGGGUGCACUGCUGGGCACAGGUGGGCGGAGCUUGCGGGUGGCACUGCUGGGCACCGAUCAUCAGGGCACUGAUCAUCAUUGCCCUGAUGAUCGGUGCAGAUCCCCGCUCUGACAACUGCCGGUUCUCGGCAGUACUUUCCUCACGAUCUGACAGCGUGAGGAAAGUGCAGCCGAGAACCGGCACUUGC